AACCACUGACCUUUUGGUUAUCAGCUGAACUCUUAACCACUGCACUGCCAGAGCUUUUUACUAACAACAAUAAGAAACCAUUUUUUAAAUUGGGUCAGAAUUUGUAGUCUAAGCCUUUUAGAAGCCACCAUGUCUUCAUUUACUCUUCCCCACACAGUGAGCGGAAGGACAUGGAGCCCUUCCUGUUUGCAAGUGGCUUCACAGAGGGGAUAGCUCUGUCCCUCAGAAGAACCUGGAAAUGAUUCAGCUCAGUGAGGCCUCUUCACUUCCCACCUGUCUCUGGCUGUUUUCACUGCUCCCACUCAAAAAGACUGGAGUAGGCCUCCCACCAUGCCUAUGGGCACUUUCUGUGCCCUUCAGGCCCUGGGGUCCGGCCCCACCUCCUUAGGAGUCAGUCCCCUCCAGGGCCCCCUGGGCCCUCCUCUCUGCAGGCCCUGAGAGCUGUGAGCCUACAGGGACUGGCUCAGCAAAUCCGUCCGAGGGGAAAGAAGGAUGGGUGUGAUGGCCACAUCCACAUCUACGCCCAGAGCCCCAGGCUCCGUAGAAUGGCGCUGUUAAACACUUCAACCAGCACUGGCUGUCGCUGGCUGCCGGGUGUGAGUGGCAAGCUUGGGACACCCAUUUGGCCGGGUUUGAUUGUGUUUUUGCUGUCACUACCACCACCCUGCAAAGUAGCACGUGAAACUCCUCGCUGUGUGACAAUGCGGAAAUGCAAAUACGCUAUAGUUUUGUGACCUUAGUGCACAAACCAGAAAAAGGAAGCAGUGCUUUGCUGUUGCAUGAAGUUCAAACCUGGAGGAGAAACGCACAGGCGUUCGCUCGGCCGGCUGCCCUAGGCCCACGCCAGUGUCCUGCUGACCCCUGCCUUGAUCCUGAAGCACACGGCAGCCCACAGUGUCUGGCUCCAUCUCAGUGUUCUCCGCAGGCAGGAUGGACACCCCUGGGCAGGUCACCGACAGCCAGUGCGCUUCCCACACAGAAACCCCCAGGCAAGUGGUCCAGCUUCUAGGUCCUUAGCCCUCAAGGGAAGGCACCUCUGGGUCCUGGGGCUGCUACUGUCUGACAGGUCACCUGGCCCCUCCAUCUCAACCCUGGGCCUUCCUGACUUCGCAGAUAGGACUUUCUUUCCCAGUCUGGGACCUAUAUUGCUGGGUUGUACAGCACAUGGAAUUUCUUUUAUUGGCCCCAUGGUGCUUUGAACAGAGUUUGGAGAAUCCAUUGUGGUGUAACCAACUCCCAAACUUGGUGUAAAACAACCACCUCUAAUCAUCAUUAUUAUCUCUUGUGGUUCUGGGAAUUGACUGGGUUCAGCUGGGCGGUUUCUCUCAGGGUUUCUCCAGUGGCCAGACAGUGGCUGGACUCACUUCAAAGACUCCCUCACUCAGACUCACAAGUCUGGUAGUUGCUGCUGGCCGUCAGCUGGGACUUCACGGGGACUGUCAGCUGGAAGACUGGCAUAGGGUCUCGCCACGGGGCCAGGGCUUUCUCACAGCAUGCCAGAUGGGUUCCCAGGGCAGGAGUCCCGAGAACGAGCACCAGGUGGGACUGUAUCACCUCUGUGACCUGCCUCGGAUGUCACAGUGCCUCCCUUCCGCUGACUCUGUGGUUGAGGCAACUCAGUGAAGCUGGUCCGUAUUCAACGGGAGGGAACUAGAACCCCGUCUUGAUGGGGGAUGGUCAAAGGACAUGUGGACAGUUCCACUCAAAAGAUAUCUGUUGAGUGCCAGUGGCCAUGGGGCCCCCCAGUGAGCCAGACAAAGUUGUUCCCUGCCGUCUUGGAGCUUCUAUCUGCAAGAAGUCUCAGAAAGGCACAGUACAGGAAGUUGCGGUAUUUUUACUGGAGGACUCCCAAUGAUGCUCCUGGAGGAGGUGAUGCAGGGCGGCAGGUGAGGCUCGGGUGGCAGGGGCGGGCUCGGGUCCUACAGGACUGGCCUACCUGUGUCACUCACUCACUGAGCCUAGCAGAGAGUCCAGCACCAGGUACAGCAGCAUUCACCAUCUGCUGACCGCUGGCUGGUUGAGGGUUGGGGCUCAAUACACAGUGCCUGAUGCCCUAGACGUUGGGGUUUAUUUCAUUUAUGUAUGCUCUUUAUGGGCCCCAGAGGGCUCUUUCAGGAGGCAUGGAGUCCGCUCCCUCACCCGCUCUGUGUGUACAGCCUGUGAUAAUGUGGGGUGUAGCCCUGGGCUACAGCUGGCCCCGGAGCAGACGCAACUCCCUGGGGCUCACGCAACUCAGUCCAUGCAGCCCAGGGCUCCUUACGGGAAGGAAGUGAAUGGCCAGGAGAGAACAGUGCAGACACCUGCCUGUGCAUCCGGCAUGGGGACAUGGCUCCCAGCCCUGUCUGUGUCAGAAUGUCAGGAGCCCAGGCUAGGGGCUCAGUGAGAGUACUGGGGACUGGGCCCAGUUUCUGUGUCAGUUCACUCGGGCCACAGGGCCAGGGGCUUGGCCUCACUGAGCCUCUGUGUCCUCAUCUGAAACAUGGAGCAGCAUUACCUACCUCGGGUGCUUGUGAGUGAGCAAACAUUUGGAAAGUACUGGCGCAGUUCCUGGGACAUUGUGUGUGCAGGUAUGUGCACGUGUGUGAUUGCAUGUGUGUCUGUGUGUGCAUGUAGGUGUGUGUGAGUGUGCAUGCAGGUGGGUAUAUGUGUGUGCAUGUGUGCAUGUGUGCAUGUGUGUGUCAAUGCAUGUGUGAGUACGUCAGUGCACAUGUAUGUAUGCAUGUAUGUGUGCACAUGCAUAUUAACAUGUGCGUGAGUGCGUGUGUACACGUGUGUAGGUGCACAAGUGUGAGGGUGUGCACACAUGUGUGUGUCACGUCCUCCCAGGAGGGAUGCUUCAGGUGAAGCCUUUGGCCAGAAGAAGGGGCUACUCUGUUGAGUUGCCCUCCCCUGGAUGAAAUAUCCUCCACCUGGUCCUGUUUCUGCUGUCUUUUCUUUUUUUGUUAACUUUUUAAUUUUAAAACCAUAAAUACUCUUUGUAAAAAGUCAUCCAGCAGAACAGAAGGGGAUGAAGUGAAAACUGAAAGUGCCCUCCCUCAAGUCCCUGCUCUGUGCUGCUCUGGGAUAACCACCUCUGAGAAAGGUCUCUCAUGUCCCUGCAGUGUUUCUCAAGCAUACGGAAGCACACACUUAUGUAGAUGAUGAUUCCUUUUCUUCUUUACUCAAAUGAAACCCAGCUGUUUGCAAUGUGCUUUUUUCAUGUUCACCCAGCAGCACCCAUGUUCCUCCUCCCCCGCCUACCCUGCAGGUUCUCACAUGGAGCCGGUUACUCUUGGAAUUGGGCUGGUUGGCCAGAGACCAGGCUCUGCAGCUCUCAGACUCCACCGGCUGUCCCUGAGACCUCAUGUGCUAUUCCAGUCUCUGUGCUGUCGUGAAUCUUGCUGAAUCAAUCGCUCCUCGUUUUCCUCUUCAAAGCAGGCUCUUAUCCCCUAAAAUGCUCCACUUCAAAGCUCCUGGACAAGAAAGAGAUUUUAAACUAAUCCCUCCAGCCCCACAACAGCCUCUGCUAGCCAACCCAAAGCCCCCCACCAAGGAGCCUGUGGCCUGCAGGGAACACCCUCAUCGGAAAGUUUGAAGGUGCCAGGAGCCCCCCACUCAGCCUUCCACGGGGCCUGGCAAACUCAGCUGUGAGAAUGGAGUCAGAUGUGGGCUCCUCAGUACGAUCUGGCCCUGUUACUGCCCUAGGGGGUCUGGACUCUGGGCCUGGCAGCUCCUCCCAGGAGAAGGCCAAGGCUGGGGAGUGCCAGCCCUUGGAGUCACAACUCACAGACCUCAGGAUUCCCCAAGAGCUUCCCAUUUGCGGGGACCAUGCUGUCAUGAGUCCUGGCAUCCAGGCAGCUGCAGGGAACGGGGACAGCCUCCUGGACACAGGCCCCACAGGUGAGCAGAGUGGCAAUGGCAAAGUCCCUAACCGGGACAGCGGGAUUGACAGCCCGUCCUGCAGUGUGGCCGGUGAGAGCUUCCCUGGAGAGGAGAGCAGCGAGGCCGUCCAGGGCCCCGCCAUGCUGGGGCUCCACCCAGGGACAGACACGCAGGAAGCCCCACAGGACACUGCCAGUGAUGUGGACAAAGGCAGCAGCGAGGCUGGCCAGGGCCCGGCCAUGCUGGGGCUCCACCCAGAGACAGACUCACAGGAUGCCUCACAGGACACCGCCAGUGAUGUGGACGAGGGCAGCAGCGAGGGACCCGACCCGGGGACCAUCCUCCAGACAGGUGGCGUGGAGGCAGGCAUGGCCAAGAGCCCCAAGCCCCAGCAGCUGUUCAACAUUGCCCAAGAGCUCCUGCACACAGAGGAGGCCUAUGUGAAGCGGCUGCACCUGCUGGACCAGAUCUUCUGCACCAGGCUGUCGGAGGCUGGGAUCCCUGUGGAGGUCACCACAGGCAUCUUCUCGAACAUCUCCUCCAUCUAUCGGUUCCACAGGCAGUUCCUCCUGCCAGAGCUGCAGGCACGGAUCGUUGACGAGUGGGAUGUGAACCCUCGGCUUGGGGACAUCCUGCAGAAGCUGGCCCCAUUCCUUAAGAUGUACGGCGAGUAUGUCAAGAACUUCGACAGGGCCAUGGAGCUGGUGGGCGUGUGGACCCAGCGGUCAGUGCUGUUCAAAGACAUUGUCCAUGACAUCCAGAAGCAAGAGGUGUGUGGGAAUCUGACACUGCAGCACCACAUGCUGGAGCCUGUGCAGAGGAUCCCCCGCUAUGAGCUGCUGCUCAAAGACUACCUGAAGAGGCUCCCGGCAGAUGCUCCUGACCAGAGGGAUGCAGAGAAGUCCUUGGAGCUCAUUUCCACUGCAGCAAACCAUUCCAAUGCGGCUAUUCGGAAGAUGGAGAAAAUGCACAAGCUCUUGGAGGUGUAUGAGCGCCUGGGUGGGGAGGAGGACAUCGUUAACCCGGCCAACGAGCUCAUCAAGGAAGGUCACAUCCAGAAGCUGUCAGCCAAGAACGGCACCACCCAGGACCGCUACCUCUUCCUGUUCAACAGCAUGGUCCUUUACUGUGUGCCCAAGCUGAGGCUCAUGGGCCAGAAGUUCAGUGUCCGGGAGAAGAUGGACAUUUCGGGCCUUCAGGUACAGGAUAUUGUCAAGCCAAAUGCAGCUCACACGUUUGUUAUAACAGGAAGGAAAAGGUCCUUGGAGCUGCAGACUCGGACAGAGGAAGAGAAGAACGAAUGGAUUCAGGUCAUCAGGACCACCAUUGAGAAGCACAAGCAGAACAGUGAGACCUUCAAGGCCUUCAGUGGCCCCCUCGGCUGGAACGAGGAUUCCACCCCCCCUCCAGACCCAUCUGUGGUGGGUGCCAGCUCCGUGGAGCCCGUUAUGGAGGCCGAUGGCGGCAGAGGUGCUGGAAGGCUCGACUGCAGAAAGCCUUCCUCUAAAACGAGGCGUGAGAAGGAGAGGCAGAGCUGCAAGAGCUGCGGGGAGACCUUCAACUCCAUCACCAAGAGGAGGCACCGCUGCAAGCAGUGCAGCGCAGUCAUCUGUGGGAAGUGCUCCGAGUUCAAGACUGAGAACAGCAGGCAGAGCCGGGUCUGCAAGGAGUGUUUCCUGACCCUAUCAGGGGAGCCUACCAGCCCUGAAGUGGCCGUCGAGCCCAAGAAGGGCACAGAGAGGCCGUCUGCCAUGGACCCCCAGCACAGCCUGCUCUGCGGCACCCUGCAGCUGUCGGAAGACGGCAAGGCCUGGAGUGAGGUGUGGGCCUCCAUCCCCAGGACAGACCCACAGGCGCUGCACCUGUGGGGAAGCAGCCAGGAUGGACAGCUGCCCCGCACCAUUCCCCUGCCCGGCUGCAAGGUGAACGCCCCAGACCCCGCAGAGAAGCCUGACCUCCGGCACCUGCUGAAGCUGCACCACGCACACCUGUGCCUGUACCUGGACACCCAGACUCCUGAGCUGCAACAGCGGUGGCUGGAGGCCCUCAGUGCCGCUGCUCACGGGGACCCGGUGUUGCCCAGCCCGGGGACCCCAUAGUCCUAGGCCUCGUGGGCACAGAGCUCCGUGAGCCAAGCCUUCUGCCUGUUGCCAGGAUGUGGCCCAAGGCCCCUCCAGGCCCUGUCUCCUCAAGGCUCUUCUGGUUCCUCCCGCCUGGCUCCAUGCAGCCCCCUGGUGCUGGUGUGCGAUGUCCCGCAGAGCAGCGAUGCAGUGCAGCCAUGUUGCCUCCCACCUCUCAGCCUGUCUGCCACUCACACCCCUACAUUUGCCCCUGUGCUCACUCUACCAGGUAAAGGCAUUAGGACUGACACGGGGGCCAACAGGUUAGCUCAGGUCACAGGCCCAGGACCCAGGGCCAGGGGUGUUACCCGAAGCAGGUCCUGCCCAGUGCGGCUUCUCAUCAGUAAAGUCCCAGGUAGCCGGCAAGGAGGAGGAAGGGCAUUUAUUGCAAGCGAACAGGCAAGGAGCAAGGAGGCGUAUACCUUAAAUCAAGCUCCUCGAACAAAGGGAGGCAGAAACUUCUAUACCGUCUGUCCCGAGGAAGUACGUACAAACAUCAUGGACUACAGAGGUUAUCAUGGCACGCAGGUGCAGUAAGACAAAUUGCAUUUUUUUCCUUCAUUAUUUACAGAAAAUGGCAGAUAAGUCCUGCCCUCGGUGGCGAUUUUAAUAUUAGGUCUUAAUAAGACUUAGGUUACUUUAGGACACUUUUGAGGCUAGUAAACUGAUUUGGCUAGUUAUGGCUGAUUUAAGGCAGAAGCUGAGUUACAGGCAGCGCUCAGGGUCUUGAUAAUAACGGACAGGAGGAGCCGGUCUUGCUUGAUAGUGGCUGAGCAGCUGCUGGCUGUGCUCGCUAUUGGGGCACCUGGUGCCGCAGGGGCCCCCAUUUCAGAGAUGAGAAAACUGAGGCCCAGAGAGGGGCAGCCACUUGCUCAAUGUUACCCAACACGUCUUGCAAAGAGCAGUGUGGCUGGCAGGAGGGCGGGAGGGCAAAUUCUCAAUAAAAAUUGUCUAAGGGUCAUGAAGCACAGCACGAAGGGGACAGCCAUGGCUGUGCUCAGUGGUCUGAGCUCUUCCCAAGGCCCUGCCCUACUGGUGGAAGUCCUACAGCCUGUUAUCUCGUGUCUGCAGCUGCCCCACAGAGCAGGCCAGAGACCCUGUGUCCAGCUCCUCUGCAACCUCUGCUGCCCUGUCUACACUAGGUGAAGCUGAGCAUGGCUCUGGAUCCCAACUCCUCUUGAUUCCAGAUCUUACUCUACCCUUGAGGGCUGGCGAGGGUCAGAGUGUCCCCUCCUCCACCUCACAGUCUACUACCCAGUGCUGGGAUGAGGCAGGGGUCCCCUGCUCCAGACACACUGUGUCUGAGGCCUGCAAGGGGCAGGCGGGCAGGUCUGGGUGAGCCUGCCUACCGUCCAGGAAGUCCCCGGACAUUGAGUCCCUUCUGUGAGCUGGCGUAAGGGCUCAUCUGCACAAAUAAAUGCUGGCAGCCAGCAAGCAGGCUGGCAGCAGGAGGACCAUGCAGCCUCAGUUCUUUACUGGCCCCUCAGGGGGAUAUGGGGGGAAUGCAGCGGGGGUGGGAGGUGGGGGGCGACAGGCCUGGCAUGGUGGUAAGCAAACUCCAGCUCAUUGGAUGCUGACAGCAAGAGAUGGGACUGAGAAGCUCAGAGAGGGACUCAAAACUGCAUAGUCAGCAGGUGUUGGGCGGAGGGAGUGGGGAGGCUGCAUGACCAGGCCUGCAGGUGCUACAUUAUCCCCUCUGGGGUCUCCAAAGGCCUCCCGGUGAUGCAGGGCCAGGAGCCAGGUGGCCGGGGCCUUGACUCAAGCACUGAGCCUGUUGUGAGGUGGACAGGAGUGAUUGUCACGGCUAGCAGGGACACUCAGGCCACAGAUGUGCAGUGUGAGGUAUUGGGAGACGUUAGGAAGGCCAUGGGGUCCAUCUGCACCAGAGCCCCGAGGACCUCUGGGAGAAAGAGUGGCUUGUUUAGGGACGAUGGUGGAGGGGCGUCCAGUCACUUAGGGAGGCGAGCCCUUCUAGAAGGGGAGGGCUGGCCCUGUCCGCUCCCUGGCAGCACAACCACAGCACCACACAGGGACACCUCUCAGAAGGGUGGCUGCCACACAGCCCUGGGUGACCCAGGGGCUCUGACCCGGGUGCUGAGAUGACUGGGAUGGGUGACUGGUCACAGGUGAGGUGGAGCAAGAUACAGGUGAGCUUAUGAAGAGUCCCUGCCGCCCUGUGCCUACCCGGACUGUGCCUUGCUGUAUACCUGGGCCCUGCCACGUGUCCUGACAUCGACACUCCGCACCCUGUGGUGGGCGUCCUGGCCCCAUUUUACACCUGAGGAACCUGAGGCCUGGUAAGUGGAAGCAGCUGUGCCCGCUACUGGGCAAGGAAAGAAUCAGACCCUGCCUGCCUGCACGGGGUCUGGCCAGCCCUGAAGGAGCCCAGUGCCCCCCGCUCA